ACAAACAUCGCCUGCCAGUGAAAUGCUUGAGCAGCCAAAGUAAGGCGCACAGCACUUGCCCAGCAUCUAGGCACAAUGCACAGGAAUCCUUGCGCCACGCCCACCUCUAGCGCAGCUCCCCCGUAACUCCGGCGCGACCCACGGCGAGCUGCACCCUUCUAGAAGCUAUCUAGAUACUACUCUCCUCCCACCAUGGCCUCCCGCAGGUCCCUGGGCGGCGGUCGCGUGCUGGGGAGCGGGAGGAACCUGUCGUCCGCCGUGACGCCGGCGCCCCCGCAGGCACUGCAGGCACCGCAGGCGCCGCAUAGCAAUGUCCGCAAUGCGAGCCUGCUGUCGCCCUCGGACAGCUCACUGUCGCUGAGCAGCCAGACGUCCAACAGCCCCGCCAGCACCGCCGAGACGAGGGAAGACAUCGGCAGCAAGGUCCUGCUGGGGCCGAGCGAGAAUACUGCCGCCCGUGCUAGUAACCGGCUGGCGUGUCCGAUAUGCAACGAGGAGAUGGUGACGCUCCUGCAACUCAACCGACAUCUCGACGACAACCACCAGAACCUCAUUGAGGAAGAGCAAGAUGAGGUCAAGAACUGGUUCGAGGAGCAGAUGGUCAAGGCGAAGAAGUUCCAGCCUCUCGCCGUGCUAAACCAGAAACUCAAAGGCCUGGACGUCUUCGAGUCGAACAGCUCGCCCACACCGCUGCCUGCCACCCACUCGCGCAGCGCUUCGAAUGCCCGCACCGGUCACGACACACCGCCAGCACCCAUCGUCCGGCGAGACCCCGAGGAGGAAGUCACGAGAGCGCACUGGCAGAGACCAGGGUAUCGAGACGUGUGUUCAGAUCCGGUCUGCAGGAGGCCAAUCACAGGUUCUGGCAUGGCAUUGGGCAAUAGCCAGACAACUGUCAACUGUAGACAGUGCGGUCAGUUGUUCUGCGAGGACCACACACUAUACCAGAUGAAGCUGUCGCGAGCUGCGAAACACGACCCAGUACGAGGCAUCUGGUGUCGAGUCUGCGAGACGUGCUACAAGUCGAGAGAGGGCUACAACGACCACCACGGAUUCGAGCGCAACCACUUCAACGAGUUCGCGAAGAUCAGACGGAGGAGGGUGGACAGAGAGUAUAUGGAAGUCAGCAGGCUGGAAAAGCGCCUCACGAAGCUGACACAGCUGCUCGCUCAUCCACCGCCCAUCGACGAAACACCAGCUGCGGGAGGAGCAUGGUUUAGAUUAUCGACCGUUGGCAUCAACACUGCGAAGGAUCAGCGCAAAGCCUUGGAGCAGUCCAUCAUCACCUGGGAGGAAGACGCGAAGGUCUCGCACUGCCCGUUUUGCCAGCAGGAGUUCUCGACGUACACAUUUCGCCGGCAUCAUUGCCGCAUGUGCGGGCGAGUGGUGUGCGGCGACCUCAAGACCGGAUGUUCGACAGAGAUUGGGCUGCAUGUCAACCCAAAGAAAUCUGAGAAGGCAGCAGACCAGGUCAGCGUCGAUGUGCGCAUGUGCAAGGACUGCAACCAUACCCUCUUCAGCAGGAGCGACUUCAAGCGCGAAAUGGCUGAAAGGCCGAAAGAUCAGCGUUCUUACGAGAACCUCGCCCAGUUCGAAAGAGGCAUCCGACUGCUGCUACCGCGAUUUCAGAAGUUGUUGGCAGCGCUGCAAGACCCAGAAAAGCCACCAACCCCACAACAGCUCUCGGAUGCGACGAAAGUACGGAAGCGACUGAUGGAUGCGUUCACACAGUUCGAUGCAGCGGCGAGACGAAUACGAGACCUACCCACGGAAUCGCCUACACAAAAGCGGCUACAGAAAGCCGUCUAUCAACAAGCAUACAGCUUCCUGAGCCUGCACAUGCUUCCUCUGCGGUCAUUGCCGAAGAUCCUCAAGCAUGCUGCGCCACAAGGCCAAGCAACAAAGGGCGGUGCUUUAGCAGCGAUCAAAGCUAACGACAGGCUUGGUGGGAGCGCUGUCAGCAGUAGCGAGGUGUCUGCGAUGGAGUCCGAAGAGAAAGAGCUGCGAGAACGUCUGAUCGUACUUGAGGAACAAAAGUUCAUGGUUAGCGAGAUGGUGGCAGAUGCAACAAAGCACAGGCGUUUUGACGAACAAACAAGUCUGGCGCAGAACUUGGAAGACUUGAGUCAAGAGAUUGAUCAGAUCAACGGGCAGCUAAGUCAACUGGACUUUGCCGGUGCCUACCAGAGAGACGUGGCCAGUCCGGCGCCUGGAUGAGCGUGGAGUGCUACGUUUCGAUACUAUACCAUACCAUUUCGCUGUUGUAGGCAUCAGAAGCAAGCUGAGUCGGAGAUUGACGACAUAGCAGCCAUCCCCAAGCCGUCAAACAGAAAUACCGAGUCACGUUGGCUGCUCGUAGGUGAUGGGACACAAAGGGGGACUAGGAGACCAGAUAUGACGCAUAUUGAUAACUAGCACAUCUGUCAAUCACCAAGAGAGAUACAAGAGGCGCAUUAAAUCUCCAACAGAUGCUGAACUUAACGGGAGGAG